GGGGAGGUGCGAGGCUGUGGGUGCUGCAGUACUAAUACCCUAACACAGUUUGUGGACAAACUUGUUUUUCUCCCGUACUAUAAAGAGCGUUUGUUUGGACUUUCCAAAUUGGAAUUAAUCUUAUCUGAUGAUAAGAACACCGACAUUAUACAGAGGAUAUUUCAGAAAUAUGGUAGACAUAAAACUUUCUGUAGCAGUGUUUCUGUUACAAAUAUGCUGCUCUUUCGCAGUAGACGAUAGUUGGUUCACUGAACUUCAACGACGGAUGGACACUUUGGAAAAACAAGGUGUCGAGCAGAGAGCAAUAAAUCUCCAACAACAAGAAAUGCUUCAUGAGCAGGAUCGACAACUUGCACAUACAAAUAAUCUGGUUAUUGAAUUAAAAGAAUUUAUAGCAGCUCAAACGUUAGAGUUGGAAAAGCAAAGAAACGCGACUGAAAAUCUCAACGAACAUAUGAAUAAACUGUCAACACUGGUGGUAGAACGUGACGCGGAGGUUAAAGUCCUUACGGCUGGUAUAGCUGAUCUGAGAGCUGAACUUGAAGUUACCAAGGUCACAAAUGUGAAAUUAUCUGAAAAUGCUUCCAACAAACUAAAACCUGACGUUUCACCAUUUGAUGAAACACCUAGUGAGAUCUUAAAAACCCUGAAUAAAGACACACCAGUUCAAAGUAAUUCUAAACAGACUACUGUUAAAAUUAAAGCUAGUCGAGAAGAUACACUAAGUUUCAACAGCAGCUUGAUGAAUCGUCAGAAUCGGUUAGUUUUGAAUCAAGAAGGACCAUUUGCAUUUCAUGCAGUCAGUGACAAACACGAAAUCCCACACUUACAAAUAGACCAGAGCAUUCUGUUCGAAACAGUCUUGUUAAACAUCGGCGGGGCAUACCACUCGAAUCACUCCUUGUUUAUAGCAGAAACACCAGGCGUGUACUUAUUUUCUGUAUCAAUUUUAAGCUUUGUAAACGACCGCUCAGAAUACACGGCUGCGUUAGUGAAGAAUGGCGGGAACCUCGCACUGAUCUACGGGCACGGCGACAGUGGGCGCCACGACCAGGGCAGUGUCACCGUGGUUACACAAUUAAAAGCUGGUGACGAGGUUUGGGUAAAACUUUUGUCGUCGGCUGAUGACUCGAUAUACGGUGGCAGAUAUACAACCUUCAGCGGUGUGAUGUUGUAUUAUCUGUAAAUGACUGUAAGUAAAUCUUGAAAUAAAUUUGAA